AAUGGGACGUUUCUGCUGUGAGCUAAUGAACGUUAGCCACCUAGCAUUCCUGAAGUAGAAGUUACUUAUUAGGCAGCAGCAGCAUCCACGGAGGCAGACGGAGGCAGCGUUCCUCUCCUAUCUUCUCCUCUCGUCCCCUCUCUCCUUCCGAAAGGAGACACAUUUACCUCUCCGUCUCCGUUGAGGUCGCCCAUGGAGGACGGGUACCUUUGCGGAGCGUCGCUCUCGAAUCUUCCCUCUCGCAAACUCAGCGGACGAGCGGAGGACAAAUGCCGGUUUUGUCCCUAAAAGCGGUCGCCGUUCAUCGCCGUGCCAGCGGGUCUUGGACUCGACCUCCGGGGAACUUAUUUGCGGUACGAGGAUAAAAACUGCUUGGACCUGAGGACCCUUAAAGCCGAGGAUUUAUUCCUCGUGGACGUAGCUCUUCUCUGACCUGGGCAGCCGACUAAUAAGGGAUCCUCCUCUCACUCUGGCGUCAAGGCUUCUGGGAAACGAGCCACCCAUGAGUCAACUGCCAGGUCUGGGGGUCAACUAGAGGGCGGGGCCUCCUUGCCAUCAUGAAAGGGCUGGGGACCAGCCACAGCAGACAUCUGUCUGACUCCUGCGAUCCUUCCUCCGGCCACGUGGAGGCCCUCUACCCUCAGAAGACCAGCACCAUGCCACGCAGCCCUUACCUGCUGAGCCCUACCAUGGACCACUACGGAACUAUGGACCCCCACCUCUACACGUCCGCCGCCCCGGGUUCCCUUCCGGCAGAAUGCCUGCUGCCCCUCAACAACCAGCUGUCAAACAGUAGCACCUUCCCUAGGAUUCACUACAACUCCUACGACCCAUCGGACUUCUCUCCACCCGCGGAGAUCAUUGGUGGAAUUGGAACAGGGACCUUGGGGGCGUCCAUGUCCAUGGGCAUGGGAGCGGGGAUGGGCAUGGCUGAGCUGAGCGGACGAUCUAUGAUCACCAGCGGUUCUGCGACCAUAUCGCAUCACAUGACCAAGCACCAAACACCGGCCGGCUUGUUGGAGUUUGACAAGCAGCUACCCGGAGGUCGGGAUGGCUUCAGCACGCUACAGUUCCACCGAACAUCGGCUCUGGCAGCCGCCAAGCAGCGUACCGACAGUCCCGGUCGCAUUCGCUACAUGCUGCACUCCGUGCAGAAGCUCUUCGCCAAGUCUCAGUCGCUGGAGAGCCACAACAUGAAAGGAAACAUCAACGGACGCUCCACAGGAAGUGGUGGAGGCUCCUCCAGCACCGAGGAUGGAGGGAAGCAGAACCGCAGGUCCAAAAGUAAAGACCGUGGAACUAAAUCGGAAGCGACCGCCAAACGACGACCGCGCUCCAACAUGUCGGGGUACUGGAGCUCCGAUGAUCUGGACAGCAGUGACAUGAGCAGCUUCCACAACACCAUGGCCAUGAUGACCCUGGGACGUCCCGCCGGGCACGAGAACCAGACCAGAUACAUCCCCAGCGGCUACAACACCAUCAGCUCAUCCAAGAGCAGCAGCGACAUGAAAUAUCACGUACCUGGAGGUGGGGCAUCAGGACACGUGCUUAUGAAUGAUAACGACUUCAUGAAAGGGGGGUCCUGGUCUGCACUGACCAUGGGCCAGCCAAGACAUGUGAUCCAGAAGGGCUCAGCCACUUUAGACCGGUCCUUGCUGAAAUCCAAGUCAUGCCAACAGGAGCUGACCUGCAACUACCUGCAGGUUGGACGCAGGGGGGAUUGGACUAGCUCAUUAGGUCGCAGCGGGGGUGCCAACGAAAUCCCGUGUCGGCGGAUGCGCAGUGGAAGCUACGUGAAAGCCAUGGCAGACCUGGAGGACAGCGACGACUCGGAGGGGAGCCCCAAACCCUCGCCAAAGACGGCCGCUCGCCGCCAGAGCUACCUCAGGGCCACGCAGCAUUCUCUGAGCGACCAGCUGCCCCCACGCAACUGUCUUCCAUCUCUCCGAGAGCUGGCCAAUAACCGCAGCCUGGACAACCUGGACUGCAUCGGGGGUACGGGCUCGCCUGUCCCACACUGGGAUGAUGAUGACUUCAGCCACGCCUGCAGCACUUUGGGCAGACGGAGCUGUGUGGGACAGCUACGGGACCUGGACAUGAGUCAUCACUAUGAGGACCGCAGCUCCGACUCCACGUACAGAGAUUCCCGUUCCCACUCUCAGGAUAACCCGGAGCCUCCAGACUUGCCCAUGCCCACUUGCUUCCGCUCCCGGAGCCACAGCUACCUGAGAGCCAUCCAGGCGGGCUGCUCUCAAGACGACGACGUGACUUCCAUAGACUCAGGCUCGCUCCCGCCCACGGACACCACUGUUCGCACCUACAGCACCAGCACUGUCUCAUGCAUCACCACCUGUAAGAAGGCCGCUCCUCCGCCAGUGCCGCCACGCACAACCUCCAAACCCUACAUCUCCGUCACGGUACAGAGCAGCACGGAAUCUGCCCAGGACAAUUACUUGGAACAAAGGUCAGAGGUCAACAGCCAGUCCAGCCACGCGCACAGCAACUCGUCCGACAGCCUUGACAGCACCCGCGCCAACAGCCUCGCUCGGGGAAUACCUCCACCGCCGCACAUCAUCCCCACUCCCAUCGCCACCCCGAGGGAGCCGCUGGUCCCCACCACCGCCAACGCUUCCACCGAAACGGUGGACUCGGUCGUCCAGCAUGAGCCCAUGAAGUCGGGGUUGAGUAACUCGGACGCGGAAGAAGCUCUUGUGAUUCCUGUGCCCAGACGGAAACUCUCAUCCAUUGGCAUCCAGGUUGACUGUAUACAAGAAGUUCCACGUGAGGAGACCCCACCACUCGCCAGGUUUCAGUCCAUCGGAGUACAGGUGGAGGACGGGUGGCAGCCCAGUCAUCCUUCCAGCAUGGCCUCCAAACCAGACUCAGACUCGUACAGGCAGGCCGUCCCGGUCAGACCCCUCGUUAGUCAGGCUAAAGCCGCUGAGAAGAAAGUCAUGGUCAGUAGCGCCAGCCAGUCUUUGAGCUCCCCUCCCGGACAGGACUCGUUAGACAACGGCGACGCCGCCGGAGACGCCGCCGGUGACGCUUCCUCACCUCCGCCUCCAAGGCAGAUCCUCAACCGCUCCACUACACGAAGCAGCUCUUCCUCUUUCUCGGAAAGCCUUGACCCGGCACUGGACCCCUCGUCGCUACCACCCCCGGAACCCUGGCUGGAGAGCGGGAACGGGAGCAGCAGCAGCAGCGCCCCGCAAAGUGUUACUGGGGGGGGCACGUUAUGUCGAAGAGAUGGCCACUGGUUCCUGAAACUCCUGCAAGCCGAAACAGGACGCAUGGAAGGAUGGUGCCAACAGAUGGACCAGGAGACCAAAGACAACCAGCUCUCGGAGGAGGUACUGGGCAAGGUCCGCAGUGCAGUCGGAAGUGCCCAGCUCUUAAUUUCCCAGAAGUUCCAGCAGUUCCGGGGGCUUUGUGAACAAAACUUGAAUGUGAACGCCAACCCUCGACCCACACCUCAGGACCUGGCGGGUUUCUGGGACCUGCUGCAGCUCUCCAUCGAGGACAUCAGCCUCAAGUUUGAUGAGCUCUACCAUCUCAAGUCCAAUGACUGGCACCCUGUGCCGUCUGAGGCGGCCCAGUCGCCCCCUGAGCGGAAGGACGAAGAGAAGGCGCCAAAGAAGGCUGGUAAAGGACGACCCUCGCUGUGCCGCGAGAAGAGCGCAGAGUCGUCUUCCACGUCUUCUUCGCUCUCGGCAGAGAAGCAGAGACAGGAAGCUCGCAAGCGUCUGCUGGCUGCCAAGAAGGCCGCUUCUUUUCGCCAGAACUCUGCCACCGAGAGCGCAGACAGCAUUGAAAUCUACGUCCCAGAAGCACAGACUCGCCUUUGAGAGCGACAGUAGGAAAGGAAUGUCAGGUCAGAUCACGGGAUGGAUAAGUGUGGCUGAAAAAUACCUGCCGAGGGAAGAGGGACACUUUUGCAAUGCAAAUGACAAAGUGGGGUAGAGUGGGGGAGGAGAAGCCAAAUUCCCCUCGGCCAGGGUGGGGGUUGAUUUUUAACUUACUGGCACAGUUUGUGGGCUGGUCCUGAAGGCAUCAAAUACGUCCAUAUCCUGUAUAUCCGACAGAUAAAUGACACGCAUUAACUUUUGUGUACUUUACAGACAGUAUUAUGAAAGCUGCCAAUCAAUAACUUUCAACUCGUUACUAAUAUAUAUCAUAGAAAAUACACGUAACAACUGUAUUCCUAUCACAUCCUCAAAAUAUGUUCCAAAAUGUAUUGAGCAUUGGCUAGAAGAUCUAAUUAAUGUGAGGCCAUAGUUGGGUUCUCCCCAGGCUGGCCAUUUUGUAGCUUUGCACAACUCCGCCUUGUGGCCACCAGACAAACUACAUUCAUGUACAGGUAUGUCUUCCUUAGAUUGAUUUGUUCACUUCAUUCGCCCCUUUUCUUUUGUAAAGGCUCCUACUUACUACAGAUCAGGUAACUGAGUAUUUUCAACUGUGAUAUGAUGAGAAUGAAAGUCGGGUCUGAAGGGGGAUUUCUAUAUUUCCUAGCGCUAAUGUGUCUGUUAGAAUGUUUUGUGUCAAAGAGCACCAUCGCAAUUUAUACAAGUUGAUUUCUUCAUGACUUUGAGUGAACACAUGUCCGUGUGAUGAAGCACUGAGCACGUUGAUUUGAACAAUGCUUCCCUUCUGCAGACAGAGUACAUAUGAAGGAUAUACCUGGCAACAUACAUUAGCACUCAUGGUUAGCAAUUGAUUUCAGUGCAACAUAUAUUACUGCCCCCUAAUGAAAAACAUAUCAAUCUCAAGUAUCUGUUAAUUGCAUUCAUUUAAAAAGAGCUUAUUUAAUGAGCAAAUGUGUUUUGUAUCAUGCAAGCCUGCUUAUAGAAGGGGUGGUGGGGGGUAUGGUCAAUUGCCCAAAUUAUUUAAUUGAACAUUACUAUAAUAAACAAGAAGGAUCUGCAGUCACACUGCAGCCAAUAUUGCUCCAUGUCCUGGAAUCACACAGCAGAAUUUCCCACUCCUGGUACAGUUGACAUCCCUCAAGUCAACACCCCCCCCCCCCCCUCCCCUUUAAGCAAAGCACCACAGUUGUUUACAUGUCUUCCAGUCCUAGCUUAUCUCCCCACAAAUGAUCCACAAACCACGCUUCCUCGUCUAAUGGCUCCAGUCAAACUGCUGCAAUGUCACGUCACGCUUUACUUUCUCGAUGGCCCAAAAAUGCACCCGGGGGCUUUGACUUGGAAAUGCCCCAAUGAGCACUUUUCUUUCUCCGGGGUAAGAGCUGACCAUUUAAUGGGUGGCUUUUGUUUGCUGUUGUUUGCCUGCUGGGGAUGAGCAGGCUGAAGGCUGGAGGGUGUCAAUUGCCUGUUCCUGAGUCAAUGCCUCUUCCUUUUGACUGACGCCAACAGCAUCGUUAGCACCUGGCGGUCGUUAGCGUGCGCUUUGAAUCUCUCCUCAACUUGAUUUGAUUUCUGACUGCGAGGAAAGAGAUGUCUGUCAAGUUAGUUGACUUUUCUUGAAAUAAGCAACCAGUGUGGCUGUCUUCUACCUUCCAUCAGUGAUGGACUUGGCACAUUUGACGGUGUGAUGUUUACCGUAUGAGCAAAUCCAACAGAAAAACUGCGACAGUCCGGCAUUGUUGGCGUUUUAAUGUGCAUUAAGAGCUUGUAUAUGCACCCAACUGUCGAUUUUAGAUGAAAAGUCUUCUUGUUUUGCCAUGUUCUUCACUCCCAAACACUAGUUAGAUUAGCACAUAAUGUGGCGGGGGAAACAGAUCUCAUCCAUUUCAACAAGGACUCUUUCCAAUACACAGUUGGCUGGCUGCAGAUAUCGCUCGGACACACCUACAUCUAUUUCCUGAGUAGGCUCCAAAACAACUGCACUGUGGGGUGUGUUGGCCCUUUUGAUAUCGCUCUAAUAAUGACUCAAGCUGGGCUUUUUUAUUUAAAUGUAUUCUCACAUCCAUUCAACCACCAUCACAUAUUUAGUAAGACAUAUAUAGAGAUAGUAUACCUCAACCACUUGCACACGGUAUCGCAAAGGCCUGCUUGCAGCAAGUUCAUUAGCAUCUUUGCUUUGGAGGGGCGAGGGGGGGCCUCACCACAAGAGACGAUGUAGCAAAAAAAGACGUUUCUGAAACCAAUUUUAUCAAGCAAGCACUUUUAAUUAAGUCUAUAAAUGGAGUGUUCUGUAUUAUAAUCUGUCUGCGUGCGUGGAUGUGUUUUUCUUAAAAGCGCCUAUUAACCAUGUCAUAGUCUUACUCUUAAUAAAAGUAUACUGUAUGUGCAGAUGAAAAAUAAUGAUUUGAUAUUACAAUUCAUAUUGCAAUCCCCCCCCCCCCGUGCUUCUUAAAGCGACACUCUGUACAUAAGUUAGACAGAAGGAUAUAAUUGUUUACAAUGCUGUAGAUCUAUUUAUACUAUUUCAAGGUUGUUCGGGUGUUUGAUGGAAAGGCAUAAGAUUCAAUAAAAUGAAAACAUUACUUUCUCAAAAGGUCUGU